UGGCCAUCCGCCGCGUCAUCCCCUGCAGCGGCGCCCUCAUCUUCCUCAUCUUCCUCCUCCGGCUGGCGGCUUCUUUUUAUCUCAACUUGGUCUCUUCCUCAUCGUCAUCGUCAUCUUCAUCAUCAGCCGGCCCGGCCCGACGGGGCCGUCGUCUCCAGUCCAACGUGGAAAGUUUUGCGAGCGAGUAUGACGGCGGUGGAGCGCGCGGAGCUGCAGUACGGCGUCGACGGCGGCAAACGCUGGGAUGACGACUGGGACAACGAGAACAGCUCUGCGCGACUCUUUGAACGGUCGCGUAUCAAAGCGCUCGCAGACGAGCGGGAAACUGUGCAGAAGAAGACUUUCACCAAGUGGGUGAACUCUCACCUCUCCCGAGUGUCAUGCAGAAUCUCAGACCUUUACACGGACCUGCGAGACGGACGAAUGCUCAUCCGACUUCUGGAAGUUCUGUCAGGGGAGAAGCUGCCCAAGCCCACCAAAGGUCGAAUGCGGAUCCACUGCCUGGAGAACGUGGACAAGGCUCUACAGUUCCUCAAGGAGCAGCGCGUCCAUCUGGAGAAUAUGGGCUCGCACGACAUCGUGGACGGGAACCACCGGCUGACGCUGGGCCUCAUCUGGACCAUCAUCCUACGAUUUCAGAUCCAAGACAUCAGCGUGGAGACCGAAGACAACAAAGAGAAGAAGUCUGCCAAAGAUGCUUUGUUGCUUUGGUGUCAGAUGAAGACAGCCGGCUAUACUAACGUCAACAUCCACAACUUCACCACAAGCUGGAGAGACGGGAUGGCCUUAAACGCACUAAUACACAAACACAGGCCCGAUCUGAUCGAUUUUGACAAGCUGAAGAAGUCCAACGUUCACCACAACCUGCAGAAUGCUUUCAACAUGGCUGAACAACACCUGGGCCUCACGCAGCUGCUCGACCCCGAGGACGUCAGUGUGGAUCAUCCGGACGAGAAGUCGGUCAUUACAUACGUGGUGACCUUCUACCACUACUUCUCCAAGAUGAAGGCGCUCAAGGUGGAGGGCAAGCGAAUCGGGAAGGUUCUGGAUCGUGCCGUGGAGACGGAGAAGAUGGUGGACAAAUAUGAGUCUUUGGCGUCCGACCUGCUGGAGUGGAUUGAGCAGACCAUCGUCAUCCUCAACAACAGGAAGUUCGCCAACUUGCUGGCGGGUGUCCAGCAGCAGCUGCAGGCCUUCAACACCUACAGGACUGUGGAGAAACCCCUGAAGUUCACGGAAAAGGGGAACCUGGAGGUUCUUCUCUUCACCAUCCAGAGCAAGAUGAGGGCCAACAACCAGAAGGUCUACACACCUCGAGAGGGAAAGCUCAUCUCGGAUAUCAACAAGGCGUGGGAGCGUCUGGAGAAGGCAGAGCACGAGAGAGAGGUAGCUCUGCGGACGGAGCUGAUUCGUCAGGAGAAGCUGGAACAGCUAGCCAGUCGCUUGGAUCGCAAGGCGGCCAUGAGGGAGACCUGGCUUUGUGAGAACCAAAGACUGGUCUCUCAGGACAACUUCGGCUUUGACCUUCAGGCCGUGGAGGCGGCCACUAAGAAGCACGAGGCCAUCGAGACGGACAUCGCGGCGUACGAGGAGCGCGUGCAGGCUCUGUCGGUGGUGACCAAAGAACUGGAAGUGGAGCGGUACCACGACAUCAAACGCAUCUUGGCCAGGACGGACAACGUCGUCCAACUGUGGGAGUACCUGCUGGAGCUGCUCAAGGCCCGCCGGCAGCGACUGGAGAUGAACCUGGGCCUGCAAAGAGUCUUCCAGGAGAUGCUCCAUAUAAUGGACUGGAUGGACGAGAUGAAGAUGCUUCUUCUGUCUCAAGAUUACGGCAAGCAUCUGUUGGGAGUGGAAGACCUUCUGCAGAAACACGCCUUAGUGGAGGUGGACAUUGCCAUCCAGGCCGACAGGGUGAAGAUGGUCACCGUCAGCGCCCACAAAUUCUCCAACAGCAACAACGGCUACAAGGCUUGUGACCCUCAGGUCAUCGAGGACCGGGUGGCCCAUCUCGACUUCUGUUACAAUGAGUUGGCUCAACUGGCCACCGAGCGCCGGGCCCGCCUGGACGAAUCCCGUCGUCUCUGGAAGUUCUUCUUGGAGAUGGCUGAGGAGGAGGGCUGGAUCCGGGAAAAGGAGCAGAUCCUGUCGUCGGCGGAGUACUGCAAAGACCUGACGGGCGUCUUGCGUCUGCUCAGCAAGCAGCGAGCCCUGGAGGAUGAGAUGAGCGGUCGCAGGGGACACCUCCAGAAAACUGUCGCAGAGGGCCAGAACAUGGUGCAGGAAGACCACUUCGGCGCCGCAAAGAUCCAAGAGCGCAUUGGUGAUCUCCAAGCUCAGUGGGCAUCGCUGGAGCAGCUGGCGGUGCUCAGGAAAAAUAAGCUGCAAGAAGCUCUGGCUCUGCACCAGUUUCAGGCCGACGCGGACGAUGUGGACGCCUGGACACUGGAUGCUCUUCGUGUGGCCUCCAGCGGAGACACGGGCCAUGAUGAGUUCUCCAUUCAGGCUUUAGUCAGAACGCAUAAAGACGCUGCAAUGGAGGUGGCCAGCUACCGGCCUGUCAUAGACAUGCUGCACGAACAGGCCUCCACCUUGCCCAGAGAGGGGGCUGAGUCAGAUGAGUUGUGGGGGCGUCUGGCAGGCAUUGAGGAACGCUUCAGGGAGGUUUCAGAGCUCACCAAGCUGAGGAAGCAGUCACUGCAGGACACUGUGUCGCUCUAUAAGAUCGUUAGUGAGGUCGCAGCCUGCGAGGUUUGGAUAGACGAGAAAGAACAGUGGUUGAACAGCAUGGAGAUCCCUGACAAACUGGAAGACCUGGAGGUGGUGCAACACAGGUUUGAAAGUCUGGAGCCGGAGAUGAAUAGUCAGGCCUCCCGUGUCGCGGUGGUCAAUCAGAUCGCUCGUCAGUUGCUUCACAAUGCUCAUCCUGGUGAGAAGGACAUCAGGACCCAGCAGGACAAACUUAACAACAGGUGGAGCCAGUUCCGUGAUCUGGUGGACCAGAAGAAGGAAACCCUGAGCUCUGCGCUGGGUGUGCAGAACUACCACCUGGAUUGUAACGAGACCAAGUCCUGGAUCAAAGAGAAGACCAAAGUGAUCGAAUCCACCCAAGAGCUGGGCAAUGACCUGGCAGGGGUCAUGGCCUUGCAGCGUAAAGUGAGCGGCAUGGAGCGAGACCUGGCUGCCAUCGAGCAGAAACUCAGAGACCUGCGAGGAGAAGCCCUGCGGUUGGCUGACGAGCAUCCCGACCAGUGUGACGCCAUCACAGGCCGACUGGCCGAGAUUGCCGCCGUCUGGGAGGAACUGAAGAACAGUUUGAAGAAUCGUGAGGACUCUCUGGGCGAGGCCCGCAAGCUGCAGCAGUUUUUGCGAGAGCUAGAUGACUUCCAGUCUUGGCUCUCCCGCACCCAGACGGCCAUCGCCUCUGAGGACAUGCCCAACACCCUGGCCGAGGCAGAGAAGCUCAUGGGCCAACACCAGGGCAUCCGCAAUGAGAUCCAGAACUACGAAGAAGACUAUCAGAAGAUGCGGGACAUGGGCGAGAUGGUGACACGGGGUCAAACAGAUGCUCAGUACAUGUUCCUGCAACAGAGGCUGGAAGGGCUAGAUGUCGGCUGGAACGAGCUCCACAAAAUGUGGGAGAACCGCCACAAACUGCUCUCCCAGUCCCACGUGUACCAGAUGUUCCUCAGGGAUGGAAAGCAGGUCGAAGCCUUCCUUAACAACCAGAAGUACAUCCUUGCCCACACCGAGAUGCCCGCCACCCUGGACAGGGCAGAGGCUGCCAUCAGGAAGCAGGAAGACUUCAUGACCACCAUGGAUGCCAACGAGGACAAGAUCAACAGUGUGGUGGAGACUGGCAGGAGUCUGGCCAGUCACGGGAAGGUCAAUGGCGAACGCAUUCUGGAGAGAGUUGCCUCCAUCGAUGACAGGCAUAAGAAGAACAGGGAGGCUGCAGUGGAGCUUCUGAUCAAACUGAAGGACAACCGAGAGCUGCAGAAGUUCCUGCAGGACUGCCAGGAGCUGACAUUGUGGAUCAACGAGAAGAUGCUGACGGCCCAGGACAUGACGUAUGACGAGGCCCGGAACCUGCACAGCAAGUGGCUCAAGCACCAGGCCUUCAUGGCCGAACUGCAGUCCAACAAGGAAUGGCUGGAAAAGAUCCAGAAGGACGGCAUGCUGCUGGUGUCGGAGAAGGCGGAGACUGAGGCGGUGGUGACAGAGAAGCUGACUGGGCUGCACAGGAUGUGGGCGGACCUGGAGUGCAACACGCAGACCAAAGCUCAGUGUCUGUUCGACGCCAACAAGGCGGAGCUGUUCAUGCAAAGUUGUGCCGACCUGGAUGAGUGGCUGGGCGGGCUGGAGGGUCAGAUCCAGUCUGACGACUUCGGGAAAGACCUAACGUCUGUCAACAUCCUGCUGAAGAAACAACAGAUGCUGGAGAAACAGGUGGAGGUCCGCCAACGUGAGGUGGUAGAGCUGGAGACUCAUGUCAAGGCUCUCGGUCAGGAGGUGACGGAUACCGAUCAGGCGGACGGACGGCGGCAGCUUGUGGAGAGGAAGUUUCACGAGCUGCUGGAGCCGUUGCGUCGCCGCAAGGACUUCCUGGUGGCGUCUAAAGAAGUUCAUCAGUUUAACCGCGACGUGGAGGACGAGAUCCUUUGGGUCAAAGAGAGGAUGUCGCUCGCCUUGUCCAAUGACCACGGACACAACCUGCAGAGCGUCCAGCUGCUCAUCAAGAAGAACCAGACACUCCAAAAGGAGAUCCGAGGCCACCGGCCACGCAUCGACGACAUCCUGGAGCGCAGUCGCAGGCUCCUGAAAGACGGUGACUUGGGCGGCGACACCACCGGACGGCGGGUGUCUGACCUUCAGCUUCUGUGGCGACAGCUAACAGGGGAGACGGAGCUUCGCCACGGCCGUCUGGAGGACGCCCACAAGGCGCAGCAGUUCUACUUUGAUGCCGCCGAGGCUGAAGCCUGGAUGAGUGAGCAGGAGCUCUACAUGAUGUCGGAGGAGAAGGCCAAGGACGAGCAGAGCUCCGUCAGCAUGCUGACGAAACAUCAGAUCGUGGAGCAGGCUGUGGAGGACUACGCCGAGGCCGUGCACCUGCUCUCCAAGACCAGUCGUGGACUCGUGGACGCCGGCCACCCAGAGAGCGAGCGCAUCAGCACGCGUCAAUCUCAGGUGGACAAGUUGUACGCAAGCCUGAAGGAUCUGUCCGAGGAGAGGCAGGCCAAACUGGACGAGAGACUCCGCCUCUUCCUCCUCAACCGGGAAGUUGAUGACGUGGAACAGUGGAUGGCCGAGAGGGAGGUGGUAGCCGGGUCUCACGAGCUGGGUCAGGACUACGAACACAUCAUGAUGUUACAGGAGCGUUUCAGGGAGUUCGCGCGGGACACGGGAAACAUCGGGCAGGAGCGCGUGGACGCUGUCAACCGGCAGGCGGACGAGCUCAUCAACUCGGGUCACGGUGACGCCGCCGCGGUGGCCGAGUGGAAGGACGGCGUCGACGAGGCCUGGGCCGACCUGCUGGAGCUCGUAGACACCAGGACCCAGAUCCUGGCCGCCUCCUUCGAGCUGCACAAGUUCUACCGCGACGCCGCGGAGGUCCAGGCUCGCGUGCUAGACAAGCGCCGCAAGCUCCCCGAGGAGGUGGGCCGCGACCAGAACACGGCGGACCUGCUGCAGCGAGCCCACGGCGCCUUCGAGCACGACAUACACGCGCUCGGCACGCAGGUGAGGCAGCUUCAGGAGGACGCCGGACGCCUCCAGUCGGCCUACGCCGGCGACAAAGCUGACGACAUCCAGCGUCGGGAGAGCGAGGUCCUGGGGGCGUGGAACGACCUCCUGGACGCCUGCGACCGCCGCAGACUCCGACUCCUGGACACCGGCGACAAGUUCCGCUUCUUCAACCUGGUCCGAGACCUGAUGAUGUGGAUGGACCACGUGAUCUGGAUCAUCCAAGCCCAGGAGAAACCUCGGGACGUGUCUUCGGUGGAGCUGCUGAUGAACCAGCAUCAGGGCGUCAAGGCGGAGGUGGAUGCUCGAAACGACAACCUCAGCGUCUGCGUGGACCUGGGCAAGGCGCUGCUAGCCAAGAAGCACUACGCGGCGCGAGAAAUCAAAGAAAAGCUGCUCCAGUUGACAGACAAAAGGAAAGAUAUGAUCGACAAGUGGGAGGAUCGCUGGGAGUGGCUCCAACUCGUCCUGGAGGUGCAGCAGUUCUCUCGAGACGCCGGCGUGGCCGAGGCGUGGCUUCUGGGCCAGGAGUCGUACCUGUCGAGCCGGGAGGCGGGGCGAAGCGUGGACGAGGUGGAGAAGCUCCUCAAGCGUCACGAAGCCUUCGAGAAGUCCGCCGCCACCUGGGAGGAGCGCUUCUCGGCGCUCGAGCGUCUCACCACGAUGGAGCUGUUGGAGGUGAGGAGGCAGCAGGAGGAGGAGGAGCAGAGGAAGGCUGAGCGGUCGUCUUGCUUCCACGUCCAACCGCAACAGAGCGAUGUCGUCGAUCGCAACGACUCUUCUGAUCAGAGCGGCGUGGUCGGCGGCGGCGUCUCACUGGUCAACGGGCUCGCCGACGGCAACUCCGAGGAGCCCAGCCCCGCCCCCUCGCCACCCCCCAUCGAGAAGAAGAAAAGCAGCAAAACCAGCAUCGUGCCGGAAGCGCCGGCGACGCAGGAAGGACUUCUGCACCGAAAACACCAGUGGGAGGGGCCGAACAAGAAGGCGUCCAAUAGGUCGUGGCACCACGUGCUGUGCGUGGUCGCCAAACAGGAAAUGACUUUCUACAAGGACGCCAAGGCGGCGGCGCAGGGCGCCGCCUAUCCGAGCCAUCCACGCGUCAGCCUGAAGGGCGCCGCCUGCGAAGUGGCCGGCGGCUACAAGAAGAAGAAACACGUCUUCCGACUCAGAGUCGCCGAUGGCAACCAGUUUUUGUUUCAAGCCAAAGAUGAGGAGGAGACGAGCACGUGGAUCCAGGCCGUCCUCGACGCCGGCGCCCCCGUCGGGCCGAGCGCCGCCAACGGGACCCUGGACCCGGACGCCCCGCCGCCCGCCGUCGUAGAGUCCCGUGCCGUGAAGACAAAGGAGAAAGAUAAACGCUUUAGCUUGUUCGGCAAAAAGAAGCAGUGAGGAGGACCUUGAACUAUUUGAAGUCAUUUUCCUGCUUCCCGUUUGAGUGACGAUGUAACCUUAUGCUAACGUUAGCUACGAAAGGUCAACGUGACCAACCUGAUUUCUGAGGUCGUAAACGUGGACGUGACUUUUGUUUUUUGUUAAAGCGACGGCGGCGUUCUUCACCCGCCGUUGAGAAACAAGAACGUUUUUGGUUGUUUUUUGAUGUUUCCGCCGUGGACGCCCACUAGCAUAGCCUGGCCUAGCCUAGCCUAGCCUAGCACAGCACGCUACGCCGCCUGAACCUCGGCUCAAGAACAGCACAGCACGUAGGACGAAUGUAUGAAAGUGUGCGAUGCGGUCAAGUCCCUUGCUCGUCCUCAAAAGUUCGCUCGCUUCUCCACGCACUCGGCAUGUAUGCAAGUCAGCGCCACCUGCUGCACAAUCACACGUACCCACUUAGGAAUGAAGAAGCUGCUCGGAAAAGUUGCGGCGAAACACGCCAGCUUUUCUCAUGUGUGAACGAAGCUGCUGCCAAAUGUCAUUAAAGGUUUUCCACUGGAAACGCAUUUGUCACGUGUCGCAUU